GAGAGAGACAGACAGACAGACAGACAGACAGACAGAGAGAAAGCUCUCAGUCCGACAUCUUACCAAAGCAGCAGCAGAGGCCCUGCUCUCCAACUCUCACAAUGCCGCCCAAGGACAACAAGAAGAAGAAAAUGUGGGCCAAAAAAGACAAAGACCCAGUGAACAAGUCCAGGGCAGUCACCAACCUUUUGGACCUCACGGACCACCAUUGUUCCACAGACCACCGGUUGGCGACCGCUGCUUUAACGCAUAUAUUGAGUUUUUUUAUUCAUUAUUCUUCCCUGGGCUAAUUGUAUGUGGAAUUUUAUGUUUGUGUUUGAUCCUUAUCCUUUGGGGAAUCAGAGUGCUGCUACAAAGAAAGAAAAACUCAGCAUCAACUGGCAAAAAAGGGAAAGAUCAAAUGGUGAUUGCAUUUUUUCAUCCAUACUGCAGUGCUGGCGGAGGAGGAGAAAGAGUUUUAUGGUGUGCAUUAAGGGCCCUGCAGAAAAAGUAUCCUACAGCAGUUUAUGUUGUUUAUACUGGUGAUGUUAAUAUCAGCAGUCAACAAAUACUAGAAGGUGCUUUCAGAAGAUUUAACAUCAGAUUAACUCACCCAGUGAGGUUUGUUUUCUUAAGGAAACGCUACCUUGUGGAAGAUUCUCUCUAUCCUUACUUCACACUGCUGGGCCAAAGUCUAGGGUCCAUCUUUCUUGGCUGGGAAGCCCUGAUGCAGUGUGUCCCUGAUAUUUACAUCGAUUCAAUGGGAUAUGCUUUCACACUUCCUCUGUUUAAGUAUUUAGGUGGUUGCCGAGUUGGAAGCUAUGUUCAUUAUCCCACUAUCAGCACUGACAUGCUCUCUGUAGUGAAGAAUCAAAAUGCUAGAUUUAAUAAUGCAACCUUCAUUACCAGGAAUCCUUUUCUCAGCAAAGUAAAGCUCAUCUAUUACUAUUUAUUUGCUUUUCUUUAUGGACUUGUUGGUUCCUGCAGUGAUAUAGUCAUGGUCAAUUCUUCUUGGACAUUAAACCAUAUUCUCUCACUGUGGAAGGUUGGGCAUUGCACUAACAUUGUUUAUCCACCUUGUGAUGUGCAUACAUUUCUGGACAUUCCCUUAGAGGAGAAAAAGAUGACCCCAGGACAUUUACUGGUUUCUGUUGGCCAGUUCAGGCCUGAAAAGAAUCAUCCUUUGCAGAUCAGAGCCUUUGCUAAAUUGUUGAAUAUGAGGAAGACUGAGUCACUUCCUUCACUUAAACUUGUCCUCAUUGGAGGUUGUCGUAACCAAGAUGAUGAAUUUAGAGUAAACCAACUGAGAAGACUAUGUGAAGACCUAGGAGUUCAAGAAGAUGUGGAAUUUAAAAUAAAUAUUCCAUUUGAUGAAUUAAAGAAUUACUUGUCUAAAGGAACAAUUGGUUUGCAUACCAUGUGGAAUGAGCAUUUUGGAAUUGGAGUUGUUGAGUGUAUGGCAGCUGGCACAAUUAUCCUUGCACACAAUUCAGGGGGCCCGAAGCUUGACAUUGUCAUUCCUUAUGAAGGGGAAGUAACUGGAUUUCUGGCUGAAAGUGAAGAAGGCUAUGCUGAGACUAUGGCUCAUAUUCUUUCCAUGUCUGAGGAAAAGAGACUCCAAAUCAGAAAUAAUGCUCGUGCAUCUGUAAGCAGAUUCUCUGAUCAGGAGUUUGAAGUGACAUUCCUGUCAUCUAUGGAGAAGUUAUUUAAAUAAUGCCAUAUCUGUACAAAUAAAAGAUGGGUAAUAUUUUUC